AUGUUUUAUCCGACGCCCAAUUCAAUUGCUCUUGCGAUACCUGCGCACGCGCUUGGCGCUAUGGAAGACUUACCACCAAUAGACGCGCACAGAACACAAACUGUGACAUCAUUACUGGCUGAAAAAUCUUCAAUAAUUGAUAGUCCAAAAUACGCGGCAGAAAUCCUAUUUUCAAAACCAGCACCUUUCUUACGAGCUCGAAUCAACUAUGAAUUUUCGACACAUAAUAUCACCGAAGCUGAACUUGAUUUCGCUGCUGACUUUGGCCGAUUUCCUUACCGUCCAAGUACUCUCUUUCUCAAACUAUUUCAUAAUGUCUUAUCUACACUUCAACGUGAUCCGUUAAGUGGUCGAUGUUCACCAUCUUUGAUUGGUUCAUCGGGUGUAAUUCCAUUGACGAUCGUUUCUACCAUACCUGACAUUAUGCAGCAUUAUUAUCAUUGCAUUGUUAAUGCUAAAAGAGAAGUCUUGUUAGCAACGAACUAUUGGGAAAAAGGUCACAGUGUAAGCAUUAUUGGUAAAGCAUUACGCGAUUUAAGCCAACGUGCACAACAAGAAAAUCGUGUGGUUAUCUUCAAAUUAAUGAUUGACCAUCCUAUGAAAGAAAACGUCGCACAUUUUCAUAGUAUCCUUCCGCCGCAUAAAUGGUCACAUUUUGAUAUUCCUACACCGGAUGAAAUUCCUAAUGUGUCGCUGGAAGUUAAUAAUUAUCAUCGUUUGAUUAUGGGCACAUUUCAUUCGAAAUUUAUGGUUGUCGAUCGUCGAAUCGCUUUAUUGAACAGUAACAAUAUUCAAGACCGACCCAAUCUUGAAAUGAUGGCCCAUUAUGAAGGAGAUAUUGUCAAUUCAUUCUAUGACACAUUUCUCAUAUCAUGGUGGUUACCAUUUCAGCCCAAUCUUGUUUGUCUUAACGACGAACCAUUAGCAAAUAAUUACCAGUUUCAAUUUGGUACGAAAUACCCCGAUAUCGUUCCAUUUAAAGAACCACUAGAGCAUGCUAUUGCUCGCGCACGUCUAAGAUUGCGAAAUCAUUUAGAUAUUGAACAGACUGAAAUCUAUUUCAACGAACCUUUACUAGCCUUACCAUCGGCGGAAUCACCAUUGACAAAGCAUUUAAAUCUGGCUGCUAAAUCUGCAUCUAAAACAGAGCCAGAUGAAAAUCUAACUAAGCAGGAAUUGGAUAAACUCGCAAAUGACUUCACACCAUUUAUAUUUCAUAAGCCACAUCAGCCAUUUCCCAUUGCUUUAGUCAAUCGGUUGCCGCAUGGUGCACCUGGCCAUUUAGAUGUAGCCAAUCCACAGGAUGGAGCAUGGUUAGGAGCAAUGCGUUACGCAGAAAAGUUGAUCUUCAUUCAGUCGCCAACAUUAAACGCCAAACCAGCUAUUGAAGGCAUUUUCGAAGCGUGUCAACGAGGUGUUCAAGUAAUUGUGUGGCUCGAUUUAGGCUUUAAUGAUUUGAAGGAAGGACAUGGAACUUUUCAAGGUGGUACAAAUGAACACGUGAUAAAGAAACUCUACAAAAAAUUGCGAAGGGAAUAUGCUGGAAAAGAAAAAUUCCUCGAAGUUUACUGGUACACAGGAAAAGAUCAAACACGACCAUUGAAUUUUUCGCAAAAGAAACGAAAUUGUCACAUCAAAUUCAUGGCGAUCGAUGGACAAGUUGCCAUUAUGGGAAAUGGAAAUAUGGAUAGUCAGUCCUGGUUUCAUUCUCAAGAAAUCAAUACAAUGAUCGAUUCGGCGCAGAUAGUCAAGGACUGGAUGGACGCCCUAUACACGAAUCAAUCAACGCAUCAAUAUGGUAAAGUUGAUCUGGAUGGGAUUUGGCGUGAUGAGGAAGGACAUUUAAACCCACAUGAUGGAAAAUAA